AUGGGCGAGCAUAAUCUCCUUAAUCCCGGGUUUGUGGGACCUUUGGUAAACAUCCACACUGGAGACACCUUUUACUUUCCAAAUUUUAGAGCAUCCGGAGGACAACUGGCGGGGCUACCCUCUCUCUCCUACCCAAGAAGGGACAAUGUGUGUUCUCUCCCGUGGAACCCAACGGAGCCCUGCAAUGGAUAUCCUCAAUCUUACUUUGGCAGCCCGGUCCCCAUUAACCCUUCCUUCAACCGCUCGUGUGAAAUUACCCGGCCGGAGGAGGGUAAAUGCUAUUACAGCAACGGCAGCGUAAACAGAGAGAAUUGUUCUGAGGGCGCCAGUCUUAAACGCGAGGACAGGGCAAGGGACGCUUCCUCGAUAACGUCCGAGCACGCUCUUCAUAACGGGAUGGGAAACAGCGGUACCUUUUCCAAAUAUGACUACGGAACCGAGCACCUGACCCAAGACCCGCCGUCCUGUCAGUCCCUUGAAUCCGAUUCCAGUUCAUCGCUGCUGAAUGAGGGUGGCAAGACCCCUGCCAGCGACCCUCAUACAUUGGCCUCGCCAGGGAGUCACACGGGCAGUAUGGCAGCAGUCGGAGGUCCCCCGUGGUACCCGAUGCACACCCGGACCCGCAAGAAACGCAAACCAUAUUCCAAACUUCAACUUGCAGAGCUGGAAGGCGAAUUCAUGCUGAACGAAUUCAUCACAAGACAGCGACGGAGGGAGCUGUCCGACCGCCUCAAUCUCAGUGACCAACAGGUUAAAAUCUGGUUCCAGAACCGGCGAAUGAAGAAGAAACGACUGUUGCUAAGGGAACAAGCCUUGUCCUUCUUUUAG